UUGAAAUUAAAAGUUAUUGUUUAUAAUAAAACAAGAAAAUACGCUGGUCAUACGAUAGAAAUUUCGAUUUCACUAAAUGAUACAAUAAGCGAAGUGAAAAAGAAAAUUUGUGAGAUCACUGAAAUUCCCGUACAAGUGCAAUAUAUCAUCUUUGGAGUUCACCAUCUCAACGAUGAAAAAACAUUGGAAUAUUAUGGAAUUCGUGAUGGUUAUACAAUCUAUUCAGUGCCAACAUUUGUCGAAAUACCAGAAUUACCAAAUUUAUAA